AUGCAAGUUAUCACACUAUUGUUUAUGGCCAACGGGGUCAUGAACGCUGAUCUGGAUCUAGUCGAAUACUUCGCUGGCCAAAUGGCUGUCACGCGAUGCUGGUCUCGCUGUGGAUUUCGCGCAUGCCCAUUUGAGAUCAACUUGUGUGAAAACGAGAUGAUGGACAUCUUAAGCCCUGUUGGGUUUUGCGUGGCCAUGGUGAUGGCACUACGUUGUCGGCCAAAUGGAUUUGCAAUGAUCGCAACAGUCUGCUCGAGCUGGGUGUUCUUAAGCAGAUCCAAGACGCAACGCUCGUUCUGGAAUCCUUUGGGCAACCGAGAAGUCAAAAGUGUAGAGGAUGCAAACGUGAUGGUAUCACGUAUGACAUUAAUCCUGUUCAUACUCCAGUGCAAGAACGUGUUCUACCUGUAUGAACAACCGGGUUCCAGCCUUCUGUGGUACCACCCCAGAAUGGACAAAUUUAUUUCUACCAUCAAUGCCUUUAGGGCAUGGACAUGGAUGGGUGCCUUCGGAGCUGAAAGCCCCAAAGGAACAACACUAUGGUCAUCACGGCCGGCAGUGCAAAAGCUGUGCCGCGUGUUACCCCAGAAAAAUUGGUCCCAAGUUGAGAUGACCAAGAAAAAGAUACUUGAGAAUGGAAAAUGCUCAGUAUCCGGUGGGAAAGAUUUAAAGAAAAGCCAAGCAUAUACAGAUGAGUUUGGAUUUAGCACUUUGAGUGUAUGGCUUGGCGAGGAUGAAGUGCCAUUGCCUGAUGUGGGAAACAUUGUAAUUCCCAAUCUGUGGGAACCCAUCACCAAACAAAACCGGUGGGAAGAUGCCCGCUUGACUGAAGUCAUGCAGUACUUGGCCUUGAACUAG